GCAGCAGUUGUGUGUGUGAAGUGGAGGAGGUCGCAAGGAAAGAACAAGCUGGAGAAGGAGCCUGUCCUGCGCUCUCUUCUCUUCUCUCUCUCAAUUUUGAAAGACCCCUGCAAGCGCGCCCCCCAGAAAGAGAGAAUUUUUUUUUUCUUUUAUGUUUCUUUACACGGGGCAUCAAAGCGCUUCCCUUUGCCGUCAGUCGAGCAGAAUUAUCUUCCCUCCCUAUAUACGGCACGGAGUCUUCUCCCUGUCUUCGCCUGCCCUUCCUCCCAGGGGGGGUCCUUCGAGAGAAGUACUGUAGCCGAAAAAGGGUGAAAGUCUCCAGGGAGUAGAGAAGCGGCGUCUCGGACAUGCUGCCCCAGCAGCAGUCGGCAACGUCGUCGCCGCAUGGGUUUCUUGGCUACCCAUAAACAGUGCCAACGUAGCGCGAUGCCCGAGACUACCCUGUCAGUGUAGACUCGAGCCUCGUGUUGGGAGGUACUUCGCGAGGAGUACUCCUCCUGUCAUGCCCACAGACAAACUCGUUGCGUCGCCCACUCUUCGCCCGAGUGAGACUUGAGGCUUUUGUAGACUUCGUAGUGGAGAGACGCAGAAGGACAGUUGUUGCCUUAUCCUUUGAACUGACUUGGGAUCAAUUCAGAGACUGAUUGUUUCUUACGGAAACUGUUCCUUUUAACUUGGUUUAUGGAAACUGUUUGCUACUGUGGCAUGAACUUUUUGACGAUUCAGUGAUUGAACAGUACAGUCGUUGUUAAUCAGUGGAUUAAAAGGAAACAAUUAAAAUCCAGGAUUAAUACAUAAUUUCAAGGUGAACGUCGUCAGCCGAACUUGGACCCUUGCCAGGACACUUAUAUACCUGUGGACGAUCACCCGGGGGACAAAGCAACUUUAAACACAGAUACUCUGCUGUUACGAAGAAAACAAAAUAAAUGAAUAAAUCUGUCGCUGCUGAUGCCGUUGCUGUCCUGCAGUGCUGUAGCUGAUGUUUCUGUUGCUGCUGAUGCUGAUGCGUUGUUUCGAAGGACGCUUCGAAGUGAAACAAAACUUUGUGAAAUUAUCAGUCAACUUGCUAAGCCUCCCAUGAAUUCAUUGCAUUCGUUGAGGAGCGUCAAGAAGGUUAUGAAUAAAACAGGUCGAUUAUGUCGGAAUAAUAAUUUUAAUCUUGUGGAAAAUAGAGGAAUUAUAAAAGACAUUCCAAGUGUUGUGUGCAGUCAUUAAAGGACUAUAGAAAAAAAGUGUAAAUGCAUAGAAUGUAAAUGCAUAGACAAAGGCCUUUUUAAUACACCGGUUUGUCACAACCCAUUUUUUUUUAUUUCUUCAUCUUGCGGGACUUUUGAGUCUCCUCCAGUUGUUAAGUUGUGAGAGUGAGUGACGGUUCGUGAGGUAGAAGGUCCUCCUUCCCCAGCAGGAGUGUGAGGGGUGAUGUAGGGAGUCCAACAACGCCCCGCUGAGGCCUCCCCAGGACUUAGCCUCCUGCCCAGGACACAUUACCCUAGCCCCUGUGGAACCGGGGAUUUGCGACGCCAUCUUCCUCCUCCGUGUAUCUAGAAUUAAUCAACGGCAUUAAAUUGUGCUUCGGACACUGAACCAAAUAAAAGGCUUUUAUUUUUUCUCACAGAUUUAUAGUUUUCAAUUGGACAUUAUUUUGCGUGUUUUACGAUUACUGCCUUACGUGUUCUGCCGCCUAAUAAUAAACAGCCAAGCCUCAGGGCCCCUAAGUUGUUAAGAGCUACGUGGUUUGAUUAAGGGAUUGCCGAUCAUUCAGAAGUUGAUUUUGUGCGUCAGUGUGAUUUUUUUUAAUCAACUCCAAAAACGCAGAAAAAAGGUGAAGGAAAUAUAUGUCGAGCAUCCAAGGAUAUCCAGAAUUUAGCAAACUAAUAUUUCUGCCUAAAAUCAUUAGAUUGUCAGACUUGCUUGACAUCUAUUAGACUUGGGAUAAGGUAUUCACAUUAUCUUACGCAGAGAUACCUUCUGAACCCUGACGAGUGUGUUUAUUUCAACACAUGCUAGUGUUUAUCGUCAAAAUACAAGGUUGUAAAUGUUCCAACACCGUUAAUGAUUUCUAUGAAUGUGAGAUAAGAGGAAAUUGUUGUUGGAAAUUGAACAAGAGUGUGUAUCCUGAUUUAUAUAUCUUUAAACUUUUUCUAUUCUAAGUACUUUUCCAUAUUCAGAAUUACAAACUUAUAAAGAUAAUUUGUAUUUGUGUAAAGUAAAAACUUUGAAAGGGAAAAACAAAAGAAUAAAACAGGAAAAAGAAAAAAAUUCGUUCUAAAUUGAGGUGAACUGUCUGUAUUAGCUGAGGCAUCAAAGAAAAAGAGAUACACGAUAAAGGAUUGAGGUGUGUCUUGCCUCCUAUAGCUUCGACAAACACCCCUGAAUAAACAUCUCCACAGUCUCGAGAGCUCCCGCGUUAAAUCGUCCCUUCUUUGCCUCUCGACUUUCUAGAGGAAUUUGCUGACCAUUCGUUCCACCUGUGUCUUGGGGGGCUUGUUUGUGCCCACACCGACGAGAAGAAAACGAAGAGAAGAAGACGGAAGGGAGCUUUUUAUAGGACCUUUUCUACACGAUACGAGAUGAUUCACCUGCUUCCCUCUACAUAAAAGUGUUUGGAAGUUAAUGGUGCCUUCAGAUCAGGUCUAGAUUUUUUUUAUUGAGAGCUCAGCAAAUAAAGAAAAGGAGUACAGAUGUAUUCUUUCCAUCCAUUUGAGGAGAUGGACCUCAAUUCAGAUUCCAAAAACGGGGGCAAAUACGCCCUACGGACGAAAUCGAUCAUCAAAAGGAUAGAAUCGGAGAAGAACAGAGCUACAGUGAAGAGACGAGAGCCCAAGGAAAAACAGAAGCCUCCACCACUCAGCAAAUACAGAAGAAAGACGGCCAAUGCUCGGGAGAGAAACAGAAUGAGGGAGAUCAACGAUGCCUUUUCCACUCUCCAGAAAGCUAUUCCAGACCUUCCAGGCGCCGAUACCGAGAAACUGACGAAGAUCACAGUACUGAGAUUAGCCGUCAAUUACAUCAACGCCCUGGCGAGUGUUCUAGACGAAGAUCCGUUUGGUCCCACUGACAUAGAAGAUGUGAGGGAGCUCUGGUGUUUGGAGAAUGCUCACAUGGCCCGGCCUGAACACUGCGUGAGACCGGUCAUAAGGUCUACCUCGAAAGUCACGGCAAACACAGGGAAAUCGAGCAAAAGCUGCAAUAACAACAAAAAAUCAAAUAGCAGCAGCGGCAAUACUAAUAAAAGUUCAAAACCCAGAUCGCCAUCACACGCAAAAUCGGAUAAGAAAAAUACGAUAGGUGGGAAACCACCGACCAAAAGAAGUAAACCGAAGACCAAAGGUAAAGUGUGCAAAACAGCGAGCAUCGUCACAAGCAACGGUGCUUAUAUUACCCUGAAAAAUGUCGCUCUGCAGACCCCACCAAACAAGCUGGGAAGACUGGCCAAUAACGAACCUCUAAUGAUGUCCAUGACAGUCAAGAGACCGAGACUGGAACCUGUAAUCAGCUGUCGAGCGUCAAAGAUCCCUCGUAUGGAACCAACAACAGUACCUGCCUUAACCCUCAGUCAGCCUUUGAUAGCUCUCACCCCCUGUGACCUAAGUUUGUCACAUGUGCCAUCUGCAGUACCAGGGCACGAUACCCCAGAGCCUAUGGCAGGUGCCACCCCGUUCACAUACAAAGCAACCCCCACCGAGCCUCAGUUUUCCAUGGCAGUCACUCCAAGUGAGCCUGUAUCGUUAAACGUUACUUUCCAGGAUCUGGACAGUCCCCUGGUCAGAAACGACGUUUUGCUGGAAUUUCCAAAAUACGGAGGAUAUAUCAGCGAUUCACUGAGCGGAGAUUCGGCUUUUUCCAGCGAAGGAUCCUCACCGCCCAGUCCUACCAUCGGAAUGCCAGUGAUCUCAACACCAGUGCCCAUUCCAAUCGGUGACACUUCUCCCUCUGGCUCUUUCUCCUCCACCAGCGACUUUUCCGUCUGCGGGUCAACGUCGGAUUGCGAGAGCGUCCUGACGACGCCUGUAGAGCUCGGGAGCCUCCUGGGUGACGAGCCCUUCGAAGAGGAGCUCGACCACCUGACGUCCAGCUUCGCCGAAGGAGACGACACUCUCAACCUUUUCCUUGCUCACACGUCUUCGAAUUUCAUUUGUACAGACAUCGACGACUGUUGAAGUAACAGGCUUACUACCAUCCUCAACAUUCCAUUAGUUUAUUUAUUACUGAUAUUGCUUACAUAUCAGCACUUGUUAUUUUUUCCAUGCUGUGCAAUUUAUUUUUGCAUUGAAAUAUGAGAGCUGCUUUCUUAUAUAUAAAGUCUAAGACAGAUAGAAACUGAUUCACCAAUCUUACAACGAGGUUGUAUAUUGUUGGCAAUAUGUUUAAAUUCUGGUCAUGGAUGUAAGAGUGAUGUAAAAAAAAUAUAUUUAAAAAAAAAGUUGUGAUAGGUUCGAUAUGAUUUUGUACAGUUAAAAGAGAAAUGAACUUUGUUAAAUAAAGACAUUGGUUAAAAUAAAAAGAAUAAAAAUUAUACGUAUUUUCUAAGAGUGAAAUAUACAUAUCAGCCUUCUGUGUUCAAAUCUUGUACAUAAGAUAUUUUCCAAAAUGCUUUUAUAUGUAAAUAAAUGAAGCCUUUUUUGCAGAAGCCG